GCGGUGGAGAUAGCCUCGGCAAUGAUUUCUUGGAGGCUGCAGAGACCGCGUGUGGAGAUGCUGCAGUGAAGGAGGCCGCGCACCUGGCAGACACCGCAGCGCGCAGUGUCCGGCGGUGCUUCGAGGCGAGCACAGACCAUCUGAACUUGCUCGCAGAAGUUUUCGCGAAAGUGCUCGCAAG